CUAAACCCAAGCCCAGACACUGCUAAGCUGAUUCCAUCAACUUGAUUCCGCUCUAAACGUGAUUCCACAAACGUGACUCCAACUUGAAAACGUGACCCCGCUUCCAACCUUUAGUAAUUUAGUAGACGCUUAUGCUGAAGAAAGUGCAGACUUCUAUUACUAUUUCAAGUUGCCCGAUUGUAGGAGGUAUGCAUGUAGUCGAGCGAACCGCGGAGGCGCUUCGGCGCCCCUUCUAUCCCAGCUGCAAAAAUAGGAAACGCAAACAAUAUACGAAAACCAGCACCGGACCGCUCAAAUAUAUGCUCCGAGGAAGUUGACACACAAAAGCGCAGUCGCGCUUCUUGAUCUUGACCGCGUCGGUUUUGUUUUCCAAGGAAGAGGAACCAAGAAGACGAAGAGGAAGAAGCCUUCUGCAAAAAGGAAUUUAGAAGCACGCCAACAAAUCGCCGCAGAGACACGCAGCGCUACCACAUGAUGUGUAUCUCUACCUCUUUUUAUUUUUCGGAAUUGGUACCUAGACUGAGGCGUAGCCCGUUCUGUUUGGUCUGGUGGAUGUUCGCGCGCGUCAGCGGUCUCGACGCAUCGGCUCGCUGGACAUAUUGAGUGGCCCACACGCUGGAGCAGUGAGUCGGCUCAGACACUGAGACGCAGCUGCAUGCUGCCAGGGAUGGCAUGUUGACAGUCGUCACGAUGGAAGACGCCGCUACUAGGCCACUUCGCUCUAUUCUCGUGGUUCUUUUUUCUGCCCACCAUGCGCCUGUGCCUCUUCUCUCGUGAGCCGGGCUUCCUGGCCUCCAUCGCGGCGUCAGGCUUUCGCACGGUUUUAGUCUUGCCGCGGCGCGCGUGCAGGUGCUGUCGCGGCAACAUACCGCCGCCCUUCCAAGGGUAUAAUCUAGCGCAAACCUCAAGAGCCAAAGCAAGGCUAUCUAUCUAUGCUAUGCUCUAUGGGUGAGGCCCACUGCCCGCCCCGCCACCUCUGAAGGGCGCGCGCGUUGUGUGUCAGCGUUUUCGUCAGCACCUGCUGCGCAAUCGCGAUAAUUUGGCAGCAACUCCUCGCACGGCCAUGGUAUUGGGUUUUCAUUUUUUGUAGUUACCUUCUGAGAAUUGCACCACAGUAUGUGGGAGGCUUUUACCGCUCACCUUGAGAAGCGCACACGUCAUUCAUUUUUUGUAGUUUCCAGUCUAAGAAAGUAGUAGAAAGAAGUAUUUAGUGCGAAGCUUCAAGAGCAAGCCCAAUACUCAACAAAAAACAAAAACGGCCCAGCGCAGCAAGAUAUUUGGGCAAGCGAGAAGUGAUUGCUUCUUCGAUCAUUUUGACUUUUGUGGAUGUCCAAGCAGUGCCAAUGAAUUGCACAUAAAAUUAAUGUCAGCCGCCACGCGUUGGAGUUCUACUUCUAUAUGUGUGCGGCGGAGACCAAGAGUGUGCCUAUAAUAAUCGCUAAACAAAGGGCCACACAGCAGUCCGCUCAAGGGCACACUGCCAACGAGGACAACAGCAACAGCAACAGCAACAAUGUCCCUCAUGUUAAUAUAUCUCAAAAGCGUAGCCAGAGCUAAGACUCUGCUCUACCUAAAGGGGUUGGCAGUACUAUUGGUUGCGUAAAGAUACACCGUGUACGCAAUUAUAAUAGUAAAUACAUAUAGUUUUGUCCUUCUUGGUUUGCGCGCGACACGAUGAUCA